AAGCAGGACCAUACAAAAAAAAUUCAGCUUAUUGUAGCUUUGAUAUUUGGCUUUUGAACCUUUGAUACAGGAACCCUCUUGCAGGUAGCUGUGGGUGUUACUAAUCAUUGCGCAUGUCCACUCUCCUGUCCCUGUGAAUCUGAAGCUGCUUAAUCUUGCUGAACAAGUGAACAGAGCACAGAGGGAGAGAUUUAAACCAACAUGAGCUUUACCAUCGAAGAGAGGGGGAGGCCGAACACCCAGGACUACAGAGUCUUUUUCAAAAACGCAGACGGCAAAUACAUCUCUCCCUUUCAUGACGUGCCCAUCUAUGCAAAUGAAGCAGACAACAUUUUUCAUGCCAUUGUGGAAGUUCCAAGAUGGACAAAUGCAAAGAUGGAGAUAGCCACAAAGGAUCCUCUUAAUCCACUAAAGCAGGAUGUGAAGAAGGGGAACCUUCGUUAUGUAGCCAAUGUGUUUCCCCACAAAGGUUAUAUCUGGAAUUACGGGGCUAUUCCACAGACAUGGGAGGAUCCUGGCCACAAGGACAGCGACACAGGAUGCUGUGGGGACAACGAUCCGAUUGACAUCUGUGACAUUGGAAACAAGGUGUGCUCUCGGGGAGAAGUAAUCAAAGUGAAGGUGCUGGGAACCCUGGCUUUGAUCGAUGAGGGUGAAACCGACUGGAAGGUCAUUGUGAUCAAUACUGAGGACCCAGAAGCCGGCGACUUUAACAAUAUUGAUGACGUGAAGCGGCUUAAGCCAGGUUACCUGGAAGCUACCGUUGAUUGGUUCAGACGAUACAAGGUUCCCGAUGGCAAACCUGAAAAUCAGUUUGCUUUCAAUGGCGACUUCAAAGACAGGGACUUUGCGAUACAAACUGUGAAGAGCACACAUGAGUUUUGGAAAGCACUGAUAUCUAAGAAGAGCAACGCUGGCGAGUUAAACUGCAUGAACACCAGUGUUUCUGACAGUCCCUUCUGCUGCUCUGCUGCAGAUGCUGAAGCUGUUGUUAAGUCUGCAUGUGCUUUUGGAACUGAAGAACCCAUUCCAAACUCAGUUGAUAAAUGGUUCUACUAUGAAAAGUGAGAACUUGAACCCACACCAGGAACUUGAAGAGAAUCCUUCUUCCUCCAUAAAUUCAUGAUCAAGUUUGGAAGAUUAAAUCUAAACCAACUUUCAACCUCUUUGUCCCACUGUGUUUUGUGAAUGUUAUUGCCAGCUGAGUAAAAUUAUAUUCUUGUGAAAACACCCUCAUACUUCUUUCAUUCUUUUGUGAACAACAGCCCUUGAAACAGACAUGACAAAUUCCCUAAUAAACAACAGUAUCUCUUUGUAUAUGUAUUUAUUUAUAUACCAUGCUUAUUUUGUAAGGUUAUUGCAUUCUUGAUGUGUUCUAAUUCACUGAACAUGGAUCUAAUGCUUUAUAAUGGAAUUAUAAAAUUAUGGGAAAUAUUUGGAAAAGAUACGCGUCUAUUCAUUCAAAGGCUUUAUCCAAUUUUUUUUUAUUUUUUUUUUGCCAGAUUAUAAUAAUGCUGUUGCAUCUUUGAAGUUCUUAUAAAUUAUUUUAUUGUUGUCGUUCCAUUUCUAUUAAAUAUGAAGGUUAUAUGGUGUGGCUGUAAAGGAGAA